UUCUGGAUAUGUAGAUUAUUUCAUUCCACAUAUAUGUACAUAUAAAACAAAUUUCUCUUCACACAUAUGAAAUAGACAUUCGUAACAACUGCCGAAAUAGUCGGCUUGUAUUUUGACAUUUGCGAUAUUUACGAAAUCCUCAAUUUACAUCUCACUUGGUUCAUUUACGCAUUUAAAACUGUCGGAAUCAGGUGUAAUGGAUGAUGAAGAAUUACACGAGAUAAAGGCACAUAUAAAAUUAACAAAUAAAGGAACAUUUCUUUAUGGCGGUUGGUGUGAAGAAAAAUUACUCAGCUUGCUAAAGGAAAAACUUAUACGACAGCACAAAAUUGAACUAUCACCUGAAUAUCCAUACAACAAUGUACUAUGUGACAUAUCACCUGAAUUGUGUCGGUCUAUCAUUCAUAGUGGAAUAUAUAAUGAAUGUAUCUUAGCUAAUCUAGAAAGAAAAGGUAUGUCUCCACAUAAAAUCAUGAAGGCGAUAAAAUAUGGUCUCCUUAGUCUCAAUCCUGAAGAACUAAAAUAUUUCAAAGAUUUUGGAGUAGAUGUGGACGUAGUGAAUGACGCGGAUAUGUGGUCAAGGAAACUUGACGCGAAAUUGAUAUGGAAUCUUAUAGUCGCCAAUUUAACUGAAAAUCAGUGCUGGAAUAUUGUUAUCUGUGGGUUAGUGUCCCAGAAUAAAAGUGUGCUUUGUCGGCUUCUGUGGAGUGGCGUGGAUGUUCCAGGAAUUUUAAAUUGGCCAGGACCAAUUAAACCAGUUACGUCGACAAUAAUUAGCUUUUUGAAGAAAUUUGGUAUUGAUGAAGAUGCUCUUCGUUAUGUAGAAGAGAACGGUAUCGAUGAUGAAGCCGAAGACAUAUUGAUUGAUCUUGGAUAUAGUGAAUAUGAAGAGAAACAAGCUUUAGAAGAAAUAUUGUGCGAGUGCAGUUCGACAAUGGUAUCUACGGCGUCUUCAUUAAUGACAAGAACAUCUCUUUGCACCAGUUUAAGUAAAGCAGCUCCUACGCUCGUAAGUACACAAUACAAUCUUGCUCCACAUAUGUGCACGUGCUGUUUAAAUUUGUUGCCAAAAGAGCAACGCAAUGAGGCUCUUGAGAGAAAUGAUUACUUAAGGUAACUAUCACACAUUAUAUCGCUAUAACGCAAUCACAGCAUUGUAAUAAAUUGAUAUAAUUGUUGUACAGUAUAUAAAAAAAUAGAUUAAUGUGUAACACCAUUG